AUGGAUUCUCCGAGUAGCUCACUGCAGCCGCUCCCCAGAGCCUCCUUCAUAUGCGAGAGCUGCUCCCGCCAUGUAGUUGUUGUGCUGGACAGCAACGCGCAUUUGUUGAAGACACCACUAAAAGAUGGCAGUCAGCUGAAAAGGGAAGGCUCGUUCUCUGCAGGGGCAGAACAUCCUCUGCAGCUGCAGUUACCCUGUCUGGAUGAAGACAAAUUCUAUCAGGGCGAAGCUAGUGCAGCCCUUCCGCCAACUGACGAUGCUGCCGCAUGUGCUCCGUUGCAGCAGUCGUUGCACCAGGAACUGCAGCAGCAACUGCAGCCUCCUACGUCUUCUGUAAACGAAGGCAGCAGCUCCUUAUCAGCCUCAUGCGCCCCAUCUCCCUUUGCUGAGCCAGCGGAUCCCAAUGGCCUUCCCGUGUCAGUAGAGAAGGGCGCAGCAACUGAUGCAGGGAUGAUGUAUCCUCUUUGUGCUUCUUGCUUAGACGCGAAUAUAGCUGAAGUCGAGCCAUCAACUGCUCAUGAGAAGCUUCUUAUCCGAAAAUAUGAGAGGGCACUGAGAAGGCUGCAGCGUCGAUCCCCUGCGAGAACCACGCCGCUGCAAGAGGAAGCGGUGGCAGAAGCUGCAACGGAUGCCGCGGCAUCGACUCUGGCGGAGUUGCGAAAGCUGGAGGAAGAGGAGAGGAAGUUGGAAGCGGAAAUAUCUUCAAUUGAGGUGUUUACGACCCAAAAAGAAGUACAAAAGCGCGCAGUCAUCGCGGAGCUGGCGGAGUUGCACAUGUGGCAUGUUGAAUUUUGGUUGUUGUAUACAAAUCAUUGGCUCCGCAUGAUGCGUCAGGAAGAGGCCGGAUCUCCUCGCCUUCAUGCCCAUCUUGGGCCGAAAAAGAAAGAUGGCGCCGUCCUUCCGUUGCAUGGCGGCGGGGGGGAAGUUGGGCUGAGCCGGUUUUUUUACAGCAACAAGCGGUUUGACUCAGCCAUGAUGGCGUACCUAGAAUGCGUUAAAGAGCUCUUUGACUUGCUUGUCACCGCAGCGGAGGACCGGAGCAAGGAGAGAGCUAUCAGCCGUUUGUUGCCCUUCCCCGAACUUCCUUAUGAAAUCGAGGGCGACCGAGUGGGGGGCUUCAGCAUUCGUUUACAGCUAAACCAGGACGAAAGGUGGACCAAGGCUCUCAAGCUGCUCCUCAUCGACAUGAAGUGGCUCCUCGAGUACAUAGAACGAAUUUGUUUGGUGACCGGCGUGGCGCCGUGA